AUGGAGGCAGCUGCUAACGGCUGCUAACGGUGCUAACGGCUACACCAGGACCAGCUGCACAUGCAGCCGCAGAGCCGCGUCUGGAGUGAGGCAGCAGCAGCAGCAGCGGCAGCGGCGGGCGGAGCCCCGGUCCCCGGAGCGUCCAGGGUGCAGGUCGUUGCCUUCCUUCUGUCGCAAAUGUUGAAACCUAACAACUGUUAGAGGCGACGGGGAGGUCAGGGAGGAGUCUUGGCUAACUGCACCAGGCUGUGGCCCAUGAGAGUAAUUGUGCCGUCUACGUGCCGUCAGUGACCGUGGCUGUGGUGGGCCCGGCCCAAGAGGCCUUAUCAAACAUCAGUCCGGGCCCUCGCUGACCUGUGCUGGACACACCAUGGAUCAACAAAGGGACAAAUAUGGCGAGCGACCAGCAAGGAGUACCAAGGUUUCCCAAGGAAGCCGCAGUGGACACUCAUCUCGACCAUCUGGCUCCUCGAGCUCCUCGGGGGUUCUUAUGGUGGGACCCAAUUUUCGUGUGGGGAAGAAGAUUGGUUGUGGAAACUUUGGUGAAUUAAAACUUGGUAAGAAUCUCUACACAAAUGAGUAUGUAGCUAUUAAACUGGAACCAGUCAAGUCGAGGGCACCGCAGCUGCAUUUGGAGUACCGCUUCUACAAAACCCUGGGAAGCACAGCAGAGGGCGUGCCCCAGGUCUUUUACUUCGGCCCCUGUGGGAAAUACAAUGCCAUGGUCCUGGAGCUGCUGGGCCCAAGUCUAGAAGACCUGUUUGAUCUUUGUGACAGGACCUUUUCACUGAAGACUGUCUUAAUGAUAGCAAUUCAGCUGAUUUCUCGAAUGGAGUAUGUGCACUCUAAAAAUCUCAUCUAUAGAGAUGUCAAACCUGAAAACUUUCUCAUUGGACGGCAAGGAAAUAAAAAGGAGCACAUCAUUCACAUCAUUGACUUUGGCCUGGCCAAAGAGUAUAUUGACCCUGAGACCAAAAAACACAUUCCGUACCGGGAGCACAAGAGCUUGACUGGUACUGCCAGAUACAUGUCCAUCAAUACACACUUAGGCAAAGAGCAAAGCAGGCGAGAUGACCUGGAGGCUUUAGGCCACAUGUUCAUGUAUUUCCUUCGUGGGAGUCUACCUUGGCAAGGACUUAAGGCUGACACACUUAAAGAACGAUACCAGAAGAUUGGAGACACAAAACGAAACACUCCCAUCGAGGUCCUGUGUGACAACUUCCCAGAGGAAAUGGCCACCUACUUGCGGUAUGUGAGGCGUUUGGAUUUCUUUGAAAAGCCCGACUAUGAAUACCUGAGGACUCUGUUUACUGAACUGUUUGAGAGAAAAGGAUACACGUUUGACUACACGUACGACUGGGUUGGCAGGCAGAUUCCCACACCAGUGGGAUCUGUCCAUAUAGAUUCUGGUGCAUCUGCUGUCACAAGAGAGAGCCAUCCUCACAGAGACCGACCCUCACAGCACCCACCAAUUAGAAAUCAGACAGCAGUCUCAGACCGACGAGGAGCAUGGGAGGUGCAGCCCACACGACAAGCAAACUCCACCUAUCUGACCUCCCACCUGGCAGCGGACAGGCACGGGGGAUCAGUACAGGUGGUCAGUUCAACCAACGGGGAGCUGAAUGCAGACGAUCCACUGGCUCAUUCCAACGCUCCGAUAACGGCUCAGGCAGAAGUGGAAGUGGUUGACGAAGCCAACUGCGUGAAAAUGCUCAACCUGUGGUGCUGCUGCUUCUUCAAACGAAAGCGGAAGAAGAACACCCCCAGGCACAAAUGAUGAGGCGGCAGCAGACUGAGACGUUCCACGUGUCGCCUUCAGCCCAUUUCAGAAAUCAAGGAGGUUCCAUUCAGAACAACGGAGGGAGUCGACCUAAAGAUCUUGUUUGAAUCGUUCUCUGCUGGGACCAGUUGCAAAUGGUUUGUUGAGAUGUACAACACGCUUGUGUCUUUUGAUGGGAGUCUUUUGUUUUUUGCCCACCCCCUCUAAAUUAUGUUUUUGGCUGGUCAGUCAGCUAAAGAGGGAAACCAUUUUGAUGGACUUUUGCAGAGGAUUAAUUUUAUUUUUCCUUCCCAAGAUACCCAGCAUUUGUAUUUUUUCUCUCAUCAUUUUCAUCAUUUUUUUUUUUUUUUUGCUCCGGUCUUUCUAUCGUGGUAUUGCAAAGGAAGAGACAGAUCUUCCCGUGGAGUCUUGCCACCUUCAGUCUUUUCCGUAAUAUUGUUUCUGCCUGACUCACGAAAUGAUUUAAUUUCCCCCUCCGUGAAGUCCCGGAUCAUCUCGCUUUGCCCCCCAACUCCUCUUUUGUUAGUUUGCUGCCUCAUUUUAACACAAAGCCCUUUUUGGUCAUUGCUGUCGCAGGACUGAAUGUAAACCUGAACACACGGGAGCCGCGAGUGUAACUGCCUAUAUUCACACACUGGCACAAAGAGCAUCAGUCUGCCAUUUGGCCCCUGCACUUUUUCCCCCUCCGAGGUGGCCAACCCUGGCGCUGAGAUCUGGGCCUUAGAGAACAGACGACCAGAGAUGUUCUCCUGCACUGUGUCCUCUGCGGAUGAUUUCUGCUCACCCUGCUUGGGUCAAGCACUCCUACUUAACCACGAUGCCGUCAAAAUACACUACAAUCUCUUUUGACUCAUGCAGUUUUGCUCCUGUUGUCUUUUGUGAUGAUGAGCAGCAACCUGACAUUUAUAGAUGGGGCUUGGGGGGAAACAAAUGCUAUUUAUGCUAUUUAUCUCUUAUUUGCCACUAGUUUUCCUACUAAUUCUCAAACAUGCACAUUGAAUGUAUGGACAGAACAGUAAAUGACUCUGGAGCAUUUAUAUAAUCUAUGAUGUGCAUGGGAAAGGAAAUUGCAGUUAAGGAGUUAAAACCAAUGUU